AGAGUACUUCAAAACGUCAGCACACAAAGUAUCAGUUCGGGAUCUUCAUUGGAAUAACUCUACCUGCAGUCAUCCUCGCCAUAAUACUGGUAUUGGAAAAUGUCGGAACAGCGAUCGACCAAUUUCGAGGACUGAUUCACCUCUUCGAAAUGGGUUUUGUCCACACACUCUCCUUGAUUCUCACCAUUGUUGGAAUCAUUAUAAUGAAAAGGCUUAAAUUUUCGGUAAAUUACGCAAAAAAUAGCCUGGAUGGGAAGUUGCUGUUGCUGACCUUCUUCAUUACGGUCAACUUUCUGGUAGUUGCCGCUACCCUGUGUAUUGCAUACUUAGCUCUCCGUGAUACGGACCCGAAACAGGUCACCUAUAUGACCGCACAACUGGCCAGCACCGUGUUGGAGCUAAUCCAGGUGAUCGCGCAGAGUUACUUUAUUCAUGACAUGUUCUACCGAUGCUGCCCUCACGAAUCAUACUUGCGCACGAAACCCGGAAGCACGAUUCUCAUUGUGCUAUCCGCGCUCAACUUCUCGCUAUGGAUGAUAUACAGCUUCCAAGUGAAACAUAACAGUGUACUUUUUCAAGUUGGACUGACAAACUUCGAAUCCGGAGGUAUGAAAUACCUGCACACCUUCAUUACAACCACCUUGCCCAUGGCAAUGUUGUACCGAUAUCACAGCAGCGUUUGUCUGGCUAUUUCGUACACUCGUGUGUACGAAGACGAGGUGACUCGGUAUGAGAGCAUGCUCCGGUGGGUCAAGCAAGGGACAACAAAUGAAUUCCUGCAGAACCAGUACAGAAACUUAGAGAACACCUGGGGCUCCGCAUACGACAUGACGCUGAAGAGCUCAAAGACGAAAUGUGGUCAAUCAAAGUCCGUCAGGCCACGAUUUAGCUCUCAUCCUAUGCUGAGGAUAUUCACAACCCAAACGAAUUGUUUGAGCCGAUGGGGUCUGAGAUCGAGUGAUGUGGUGAAGAUACACAGUUCGCAGUCGAUAAAACGGCAAGAGAAACCCGUUCGGAGAGAUACGCGAAUAAAUUUGGAACUGGCCAGAAUUCGAGUUGCCGCCACUGAAAUGGGGCAUCGGAUGUUGGAGAUGAAGUUGAAACAACAACAAUCGAAACAGCAGAGAAAAUGUGAGGAUCUGAACAAUGCACACUGUGUGCGAACGGUGGCAAACGGUCAAUGUGUCUUAACCGAAAAAACGCCCAAACGAAUGUUCAUCGUGGGUUACGACGAGGAUGUUACAGAGUAUGAUAGUCCGUCUCUUGUUCCGUAUGCGACAUCCAGAGGUCAGAGUUCAACAUCGUCAAAUGGAGUGGGUACGGCGGAAAUGUGCCUUGAAACUCAGGUCAAUAUUCUUAAUUCUCAAUCGCGGAAAAGACAGAUGAUCACUAACAUCCCUUUGCAUGCAUAAUCACCCCUUUUCAUGUCUCACUUUGAAAAGAUCUGUUACUGUCAGAUGUGAUACAAUGUGAGAAUCCGUACGCAUGUGUAAUUAAC